GUCUUUCCUCUCUAUCACACAUCAGACUUUUCCCAGUGGAGCUGGAGAACAGGCUUCAAUGAAAACUGCCUGUUUGCAGCUAUAUGGAGAUUGCAGGCACCACAAUUACUAUUUCCUCUCCCUGACCUGGAGCAGCAAUUCCAUCAGCAGGACAGAAAGGUAGCCUUGUUGCCUAGCAAAGGUGGGAUGAUUUAUCUGUGUGUCUAGAUUGGUCCCUUUGCUGCAAAGAGAAUUGCUUUCAGACUUCUAAGGAGAAUGAAGCCAGCCUAGAAUUCAGAGUGGAUGUGGGAGAGCUGCUCUCCCAGGGAGUAGAAAGAGCCACAGGGUCUCUCUGCUUUCUGUUCCUGUGCAGUGCAGGACAAUGGUUUUGUCUGCUCCAGUUAUAGCCCUGGGGGCUACCUUAGGGACUGCAACUAGCAUCCUUGCCCUCUGCGGCCUCACCUGCUUCUGCAAAUGCAAGCAACCUGGGAAAGGACUCUCAGAAAAGGACCAAGAGGAUGAGAUGGAAAAUACUAAGCCCAGUGUGCUUCAGCCAGUCCAGCAAUUCAACAUUAAGAAAACUGCAGAGCCAGUCCAGCCUCGAGCACUUCUGAAGUUUCCCAACAUUUAUGGCCCCAAACCAGAAGUAACUUCACCUGAAAUUGUUAACUACACUCAGUACUCUCUGAAGACAACAGAAGAACCAGCUCCUGGAAAACAUACUGCUUUGGAUGAGAAUAGGAUAAAGAUACAAGUCAAUGAGGAGCUGUUUGUUCUCCCUCAAAACGUUCCAGGUGUGGUCAAGGACGUGUGUGUCACGGAGCACCUGAAGCCCGAGCGGGCAGCCGGCGGGCAGCAGGCCCCCGAGCUGCACUACUCCCUGCUCUACGACCCGCAGCGGGCCCAGCUGAGUGUGACCCUCCUCCAAGCUAUGCAUGGCGGAAUGAGUGGGGACCAAGACACUGGCUGCCAUUGCUACAUACUGGGCACAUUGGAGAGCAAGUCUGGCAUUGCUGAGGCCCAGACAGAACUGAAGAAGAAGGUACUUCACACCCUUUGGGAGGAGGUGCUGCAAUUCCCACUAACAGAGGAGGAGAUGCCAGGAGGAACACUGACUCUCACCCUGAGAAACUGUGACAAGUUCUCCAGGCACAGCAUUGUGGGGGAACUGAAACUGAACCUUGCUGAAAUGGAGGAAUCCUUUGGGAAGGCCCAGUGGGAAAGGCUAAAGAGCCCAGAGAAGGAGCCAUCCACAGGCCAUGGGGAGGUUCUGCUCUCUAUCAGUUACCUGCCAGCAGCUAAUCGCCUGCUGGUGGUGAUUAUUAAGGCUAAAAACCUCCAUUCCAAACAGCUGAAAGAUCUACUUGGAAGUGACGUUUCUGUCAAGGUGACACUGAGGCAUCAGUCACUGAAGCUGAAGAAGAAGCAGACCAAACGUGCAAAACACAAGAUCAACCCUGUGUGGAAUGAGAUGAUCAUGUUCGAGGUGCCUCAUGAGCUCCUGCGUGCCUCCAGCGUGGAGCUGGAAAUGCUGAGCCAGGAUGGAGCUGGCCAGAGCCAUGUGCUUGGCAAGUGCAGUCUGGGCUUACAUGUCACAGGCACAGAGAGGAACCACUGGGAAGAAAUGCUGAGGAACCCCAGGAAACAGAUAGCUAUGUGGCACCAGCUCCACAUGUAGGCUCAUCGUGAUUACUGAUGACAAGAUUCCCACCAGGCCUCAGAGCCUGGGGGAAUAAGCUGGAUUUCCUCUUCCACCUUCACCUCCAUGAAAUUGCUCAGCACAGCACUCUUACUACACCACCCUUCUCUGAUCUUCCUGACCAUUCUAGCCCAGGAAACUGUCUGGAAAAUGUUUUUAAAGGACAGUCUCUCACCUAAUCAAGUGGUUGUCUCAAACAAGGGGUUGGCUGCCUGGAUGGUUUGAAUUAAUUUUAUUUACGUGCCCACUGUCUCUUCUGAGAGAUCACUGUUUCUGUAGAGGAGCAGAGGGGAGGAAAGAAGAGCAAAGUUAUCAUGGAAAUGUAAGCCCUUCAUUGGCAUCUGUGCUGUCACCCAAGUCCCUUGAUGAGUGUAGGCUCCAUAAUCACAAAUAUGCAACUAUUUUAUCAAUCACUGCUUUUCAUAAUGCUCAGCAAGACUGAGAAAUGAAGAUCAGAGAACUGACCAUCGUGGCAGGCACAAAAAAUCAGUAUGAAAAAGAGAGUGAAGCCAAAGUGCAGUAAACGGAUACCUAGAAAAAUACACAGAAUGAAGGGAGAGAACAGAGGAAGAAGAAAGGCUGAGACAGUCAACACCCUCUCCCUAUGUAGGCUGUGAAGCAAACACUGCCGAGCAAGAAGUCAAAUACCUUCCUUUACUUUUUUUUCCUGGAGAGUUUGAUACCUUGUAUAUAAGAUUCAUGAAAACUGCUGAAAAUAUUAAUGUUUCAGGACCCUUUAGCAGAAUACCUGUACCAUUUAUCUUUCUAUGGUGUCAUCCAGGAAGAUCCUAAAUAUGGACAAAAAGUUAUUGUUGAUGUUACCUCCUAAAACUUGGACCAAAUCUUUCUGUUUACUGCCAUAUUUUCUGUUUGGAUUUAUCCCAAGUUUCAAAUAUGCUAUUUAUAUUCCAGGCAAAUCUAAAAUUAGGCAAAAGAAGUGGGAUCAUUCCAUACCUUAGCAGCUGGUAUGGUUUUGGUUUGACAGGUAACGAUUGCACUCAAAUCCUCAUACCAGCAUUACUCAAAGACAACCCUUAUUAACUGCCAUGUAUUUCAUCACUUCCAGACAGAAGGAAUUCACCAACCAGACAGACUCUCCAGGGCUUGUUUUUUGUGUGCACUUUUAAUAUUUGAUGUGGCUUAAAUGUUAUUUUUGACUGUCCUUUUUUUUUGUGUUUCUAGAUGGACUGAAAGUCUGGCAUUGGCAGCGAUAAUGUCAUGACCCUAUAAGCACACUGCUUGUCUUACUACUUUUUUUCGAGUAGUAGACACAACUUUAAGGGACUUCCAUGGGGACAAGGCAUCCAAAAAUCUGGAAACAGAACCAUAUAAUUUGUAGCCCUGAAAAUCUCAGAGAGCUUCAUAUUUGCAGGGUCAGAUUGCUCCUUGUUUAAAUCAAAAUAUUAAGCUAAGCUUUAACUAGUAUCCAUCCUAUUCUGAUGGUGCAGUCCAACAAGUCUAGCAGCUUGUCAAGGGAAGGCUGCCAUCCUGUUGGCAAAGAGAAAACAACAGAACCAGGGUCUGAAAACUGGCUGAAGCCCAGGCACAAUGGGUUAUGAACUGGGAAAUGAAGUUCAGCUGGAAGUCAGUAACUAGUGGUGACUGGGGCUGGUCGUGACACUGACAUUUAGCACCUUCAUACAUGACCUAGACAAUGGUGCAGAGCAUGGCCUCAGCAGGUUUGUAGAUGAAGCAAAACUUGGAGUAGUGAUUGAUACACAAGGCAGUUGUGCUGACAUUCAGAGGGAUGCUGAGAGAAAUGCUGGAGAAAUGCUGGGCUAACAGGAACCUCCUGAAAUUCAACAAGGAGAAGUGGCACCUGAGGAAGAACAACCUUGCAGUGCAGGGGUGAAGGCUGACAAUCUGUAAAGGAGCUUUCCAGAAAAGGUCCUGGUGGACGCCAAGUUGAACAUGAGCCAGCAGCAUGGUCUUGCAGCAGAGAAGGACAACAGUGCCUUGUGCUACAUAAAGCAAUGCCAGCAGGUCAAAGGAGGGUGAUCCUGCCUUUGAACUCAGCACCAGUGAGGGCCCUUCUGGAAUGCUGUGUCUGUUGCAGGACUCCCCAGGGCAAGAAAGAUAUGGAGAUUCUGGAAAGAGUGCAGCAAAUGGCCAUGAAGACGUUUAAGGGACUGGAGCAUCGUCUGUAAGAGUCUGAGAGAGCUGGAACUGUUUAGAUCAAUGUGUACAGAUACUUGACCUGGGAGAGGACAAAAAAAGACAGAGAGAGACUCUUUUUUCACUGGUGUCCAGUGACAGGACAAGAGUCAAGGUCACAAGUUGCAAUGUAGGUAAUUCCAUUUGAACACAUGAAAAAUACCAAGAAUAAACCUGCUUUUUUACUGUGAGUAUAAUCAAAUACAUGGGGGUCCCCAUGCUUGGAGACAGUGAAAAUUUGAUGAGAUACAGUGUGAACAACCUGCUCUAGUUUAUCCCACUUUGAGUAGGGGUGAGUUUGGACAAUAUGAUCUCCAGAGGCCCUUUAUAUCAUCAGCAAUGCUAUGAUUCUGUGAAGAAACUGACAAGGUAGAUGCACACUGAGAACUGUUAUCUUUACACCACUAUUUCUUUUGUGGGUGGUGUAGCCAGGAGUUACAGGAUCAUUUGGAAGAGAGCAAUAAAAUCAUCUUUGAGCAAUCAGACAGACAGAAAAGCUAAGUAUGCCCAUGAAUCUUACACCCAAUAUUUUAAUCUCUGAUAUUGAUCUGUUGGCUACAGGGCAUGCAAACAAAAAGAAAAUUGGUUUCUUGUUUUGCUCUUCUCAUAUAGGGUUUUGUUUACUAACACAAAGCUGAAGGAUACUGUGAGUAAUCUGGACACAGGGGUCUAGUUGAUAGUCAAUUCUUAGUGCUUACUGUGAUCCUGAUUUGCCUGUAGAUGUACCUACAGGUAUGGAGUAAUCACUUCCAUAUAAGUGCAGAAAUUACUGGUGUGUUGGCCUAAUCCACGUAUAGGUUUCAGGCAGCACUGUGAUUUUUUGAGGGCUAAUGAUAAGAAGGAUAACUUCACAUAAUGAUGCCAUUUGGCUGGCAAUGGAAAGCCUGAAGGGCCAAAUAUUUGCCUUGCUGCCAACUCCUCUAGUUCUGCAUCCUGCUUGUUUCAAUGAGCCUUUUAUAACAUCUUGAUGACUGAUUGUAAACAGCAUUAUCUGCCCGUGCCCUGGUGAUUCUGGCACACCCUGUAAUAGAUAUCAAUCAGUCCCAUGGCAUUUAAAAGCAUAGAUCCUCAGAAUCUGACUUAGCUGUGGCAAAACAAUGUCCUCUUUUACAGUGGACAAAUACGUGUAUACACACUACUUAACCACGAAUCUGUCUUAGGAGCAAAGUGGUGCCAUCAGUGUUAAUGAACGGCAUUGUUUCCUCCUUUGCUGCAGUGGGAUUUAAUGGGAAAGAGAGAAAGAGUGCAAAUGCAUACAUCUUCCCCGGAUGGAUCAUUCUUGCUGUCUGGCAUUUUAGCCUGCAAAGAAUGCUCCUCGCCAUCAGCACAGCCCGAACAAAGGCUGCCAGGAGUCGCCGGGAGGAGGCGGCCGCUGGCCGGGGCUGACAGCGGGCACGUAACGGGGACGAGGAAUGCUGCGUACGUGUGGUACCCGAGGGCAGCGCGCCCAGCCCGGCCUUUCGAGCUCUGCUACCAGGAGCUGUGUGUCAUCCAUCGCAUUCCAGCGUCUGCCCAGGCCCUGCCCUCAUCCCUCCGAACAGCCUGUGCAGCAGUGCCUGGGUGUCCCUGAGCCUCAGCACCCCAAGGGCCGAGGUGCUAAACUGUCCCAGCAGACAGACGGCUGGGAAUGGUUGUGGUAGGUGAUAAAAAGAUAAAUCCGAAUUAUUUGGAAAUGCCAUUGUAGCAAGCAGCUUCAGCAACUUAAGCUGUCAAAGUAUCGCUGAAGUGCAAUAAGGACAGAGCCAGACAUUCCCUCGGUUUGCAGCUCCUGAAGCUGAAAAUGCAGGAGCAUCAGCAAGCACCACUGUGUAUUAAAUUAAAGGAUGCUGCUUAUAAAUUGCAUCGUGAGAGAAGAAGCAAAAAAACCCAGUUAUGGCAAUUAAUGUUCCUAAGACAUAUGUGGGACCAAAAGCAGCCACAAGAGUCCCCAGUGGCUAGUUAGUGGCUGGACUGAUCAUUUUGCCUGUUAUAAGCAUUAACACGAGGAAGCUGGAAGCCAAGAGACUGAAAGGAAUAAGGAAGGAGAAAAAAAAAAAAGAUGGUGUGAGGCAGUCUACCUGGUCAGAAUGAAUGAUCCUUUUCACUAAAGGCGAGAAUUGUGAGUUUAAGGAUAGGGAUUCACAGUCCCUCAUCCAGCAACAAAGCACAAACAACCAGAUUACUGUAAAGAAGCCUGAGAAAUGCAGCUCCCAGUAUAUUACCCAGCUUUGCCUGGGAAAGGUGGCCUCCUGAGGUGGCCUCUGCUCAGAGGAGGGGGCUGAGAGGCCAGAGGAAAUGACUUGUGACUACAUUGAGCUCCUUUGUUAAAAUAUAGACUGUAGCCAUCUGUUGUUUUGCCUCAACCUGCCCUCAGAGCUAGAUCUUCCUCCCCAAAAAUGAUCUAGUUUGAUUUCAAGCAAAUUGUCCUACUGUGGAAGGAUUAAUAAGCACAAAUCAUCGAUACUCACUAAAAUAUCUGGGAUGUUUUAGACUCAUUACUACCCUCAGCAUCCUUCCCCAGUUGUAAGGGGAGUGGUUACAGUUGGUGCCCUGUAAGGGUAAUAUUUUUUCAGUGCAGGGUUUUCUCCUCAAUUGUUGUCCCAAAUAUCCUUGCAUGCUAAUAAGAAACAUGUUUGCUUUGCAAAGAGGCAAUACAUCAGAAAGUAAUGGAAAAUUCCCUUCAGCAGGACUGGGAAAAUUUUCAAGCUCAACUAUUUUCCCAGGUACCGAUGGGCUUUCAAUACCUUGAAUGGCUGUACCUUGUAUUUUGCUAGCAUCUGUCUUCAGUAUUAUCUGGCGGUAGCAUUCAAAACCACUCUUUUUUUUUUUCCCCUCAAAAUGAAAUAGGUUGUCAUUUGGGCCCUAGAAUUACAGCCCAAGAUUUCCCCAAAUUUUCCUAAUGUCUAAGAUGAGUUGACUACAGUGAGAUUUAAUAAGAACUGGAAGUUAAAGUGGCUUGGACCAUGCUUCUUGCACUCUUUUGAAGGACAGUUUGAAGUCUGAUUGAAGGACAGAGCUUUGACAGCAUUUCUAUGUGUUUCAGAAUUCAACUAGGUAUUAAAAUGUAUUUGAUUAAUUUGUUGAAAGAUAAGCAUGAUGAGUAAAUAGUAACACUCAAUACUUAAUAUUAUUUCUUCUGUUUUCAAUAUGCACAAGAAAAGUAGCAAAGUGAAAUAGUGAUUUGUGGCCUUUCAGCAUGAGGGGGCUUUUCUGCUUACUUGGUCCUUUGGUGUCCCAGUGUGUUUAUUGUACAAGGCCAGAUAUUGUUUGUCAAGACUCUAUAUUGUUCUCACAAUCCAACACACAAAAACAGAGCAUGAUGCUCAGCCAUUGUGUCUAAUAUUACAGCACAACAUGUAAAACACUGCAAGUAAAUAAUUCCAAGCUGUACCAGU